CGCGCCGCUAAAAGGUAGGUGCCCCUGGACAUAACGUUGAAAUCCAUCUCGUUUGGUUCUUGGGCAAGAACUAUUUGUGUUUACCGACGAUCUGCAUACGAACGGUUCUAUUCACCCACCUCAUGACUUUCCCUUGAACCUCGCCCGUUACGAGACCGGAGCUCUUACUGUUCGCAAUGUCGGUCCUUCUUGAGACCAGCGCGGGCGACAUCGUGAUCGACUUACUGGUCGACUACGUGCCCAAGAUGUGUGAAAAUUUCCUCAAGCUCUGCAAGCUCAAAUACUACAACUUCGCGCCGAUCCAUUCCGUCCAAAAGUCCUUCUCCUUCCAGACUGGCGACCCUCUUGGGCCGCUCUCCUCCCAAUCCGACGGCGGAAGCUCGAUAUGGGGGGUGAUAUCGGGCGAUGCCAAAGACAGGACCUUCCCGGCGCUCUUCCACCCGAAGCUCAAGCACCUCGAGCGCGGCACCGUCAGCAUGGCCACGGCCCCGCACCCGUCAGACCCGGAGACCCGCCUCGCGGGGUCGCAGUUCAUCGUCACCCUCGGGGACAACACCGACUACCUAGACGGGCGGGCCGCAAUCUUUGGCAAGGUGGUCGAGGGCCUCGACGUGCUGGAGAAGAUCAACGACGCCAUCGUCGACGACAAGGGCCACCCGCUGGUCGACAUCCGCAUCAAGCACACGGUCGUGCUCGACGACCCGUACCCGGACCCGGCGGGGCUGCGCGAGCCGUCGGCGUCGCCGCCGCCGUCCAAGGCGCAACUCGCGACGGUGCGCAUCGUCGAGGGCGAGGAGCUCGGCGGCGACUCGGACGACGAGGAGGCCGCGGCGGCGUCGGAGCGGCGGCGUCGGGAGCGCGAGGCCGCGGCGCAGGCGCUGACGCUCGAGAUGAUGGGCGACCUGCCGUUCGCCGAAGUCAAGCCGCCCGAGAACGUGCUGUUCGUGUGCAAGCUGAACCCCGUAACAGAGGACGCCGACCUCGAGCUCCUCUUCAGCCGCUUUGGCAAGAUCCUGAGCUGCGAGGUGAUUCGCGACCGCAAGACGGGGGACAGUCUGCAGUACGCCUUUAUCGAGUUCGACAAUAAGGAGAGCUGCGAGGCGGCCUACGCCAAGAUGGACGGCGUGCUGAUUGACGACCGGCGAAUCCACGUCGACUUCAGCCAGAGCGUCAGCAAGCUCAGCAACAUCUGGCGGUCCGAGACGAACCAGAAGAGGAAGGGCGUGGCCGCGGCGGCGGGCAACGGCCGAGGCGGGUGGGGCGGCGUCAAGGAGCUGGAGAAGUGGCGGAAGUACAGGGUCGGCGGGGACGAGGCGGCCGACAGAGAUGGAUACCGGAUGGUCUACGGGGCGGAGGAGAUGCGCGGCCGGCACGAGAGGGCCAAGGAUGGCCGGCGUGGUGAUGCUGGGGAUCGAGACGGAGAUGGAGAUGGAGAUGGAAAUCCACACCAGGAUCGCGACGGUCCCCGGCGGCACGGCGGCGGCGACGACAACGACGCCCGAGAUAGCGACAGGUUUGGGAAGGAGGGCAGGGGCAGGGGCGGGGGCAGGGGUGGGGACCGGGGUUGGCACAGGAACGGGGACGGGGACAGGAGACGGGCUGACGGCCGGACACGCAGCCGCAGCAGGAGUCCGUGGCGAGGCGGGCAGCGGAAUCGUGACAGCCGGGAUUGGGACCGGCGAGAUCGAAGGGAUCCUCGCAGGGAAGGGGACCGGGACCGCACGCGAGACAGGGGACGAGGUCGGAGUGACUAAUUCUGCAGCUCUAGGUGGGCUCAUCAUUGGACGCCUAGUCCAUGACAGAAACACUCCUACUAGGGCUAUCGACGUGUCUGCAUCUCGCGUAUCGUAUCUCACGACCCAGACCACCAUCUUCACAAGCCAUCACCGCCUCCCCGUUCGCGAACCGUCUAGCGAUGAUACGUCUGCCAUCCGUGAAAGCGAUGGUUGCCUGUCCGGGGUCGUGUGCGUCUAACUCGCACGGUCGACGACUCAGGAUGGUCCGCGCCCUCGAAUCGGCCCGCAGACCACCGUCGAUGGAUAGUACAUGUCCCUCAUCCGGCGACGCCCAAGCCUAGGAUUAACCUGCAGAAUAUGCAUAGCAACCUGAUUGCGGACGGCGAUUGUUUUCGUCCGGACGUGACGUACUCCAAUUGCCUCAA